CAAUAAAAAUAGAGAAAAGUUAAUAUUUGUGGAUUUGUGAUAUAUGUAUUCAUAAAAAAAAAUAGUAAACGAAAUAGUAUUUUGGAAACUAAAAAGCGAUCCCACCGUGUUUAUUAAAAAGAAAGUGAAAUUCUCUAAUAAAAAUAAAAUAUAUUAUAAUAAGCUCAAUUACAACAACAUAUAAAAUGCACGCCACACCGAUUAAGUACUACAUAUUGCUCUGUGCACUACUGUGUCACAACUGUCACCCUGUGCUGGCACAACGCACUUCGUUGGAUGUCACAUUGCGUAACUUGUAUCGACCAUUACGUUUGAUUGGCUUAAAUUUUGUCGGGCGUUCAGGUGACAAUCCGGAUAAUCGACAACUUGUGCGCGAUAUGGGUAAAACGCAAAAUCUCAAUACACGCGCGCGUUCGUUGGUGAAUUUCUGCGAUGCGCUGAAUGGACCCGGAAAACGCAGUGAAACACGCCCGACAUCGGUGCAUCGUUUACGACCCGGUGAUAUAGAUAUCGUGGGUGCUAUGGGUGAUUCACUAACAGCUGGUAACGGUAUUUUCGCGACAAAUUUAUUACACAUUACGGUAGAGAAUCGCGGUAUGGUCUGGAGUAUUGGUGGACAAGGCACUUGGCGACAAUAUUUAACGAUGCCAAAUAUUUUGAAGGAAUUCAAUCCAAACUUGUAUGGCUACUCGCUGAAAGAUGGGCUCUCCACCGAUCGCAGUUCGAAAUUCAACGUCGCUGAGUUGGGCGCCAUGUCACGUGACAUACCUUACGAAGCGCAAGUGCUGGUCAAACGCUUGUCACGUGAUCCGAAAGUGAAUAUGACCACAGAUUGGAAGCUUAUCACUUUGCUCAUUGGUAAUAAUGACUUUUGUUCAGACGUCUGUUUUCUGCCACGCCCAGAGGAUGCGAUCAAGCAGCAUGAAGAAAAUAUGGUGAAGACUUUUCGUUAUUUACGCGAUAAUGUGCCACGUCUCAUUAUAAAUGUAGUGCCAUCGCCAAACUUGGAAUUCCUAGUGCCUUUGAGUACGAAAACGCCAGUUUGUCAUACGACCUUGACAUUCGAGUGCCCUUGUUUAGUGGGUAAGUCCAAGCCGCAAUUGGUAAGAAUGAUAAAGCUGAUGAAAGACUGGGUUGCGAAGGACAAAGAGAUCGUGAAUAGAGACGAGUUUAAUACAGAGACAUUCACCAUUAAUCUGCAGCCAUUUACACUAUUCGAAGGUUUCUUUCCCAGUAACGAUGACGCAAUGAAAUUAAAAUUUCUGUCCGAGGACUGCUUCCAUUUGAGUCAGCGUGGACAUGCUAUUAGCGCCAACUAUCUCUGGAAUAAUAUGCUUGAAGACGACGACAAUAAAAGUAUUAUGGAUCAACCUACCUUAUUGAAGACAUUCCGCUGUCCCACAGAGGCGCGUCCUUACUUAGUGACACGUGUUAAUAGCGCUAAAGAUUUUCUUGUUUGACUUUGCACCACAACCCCCGUCACCCAUUAGCGGUAUUCUCUAAUUAUAGAUAUUUAUAUGUAGUUUAUAGUUAGUCGUGUAAUUAAACUCUGUGAUAAUAUAAUAAGAAUGUAUUUAGAUUGCUUUUUAUAAAAAUGCAUGAACUAAUUGUAGAGUAAUUAUUUUGUAAAAUGAAUGCUUGUACACGUGAUACUUGUGAAGUAAAACAAUGAACUGUAUUAUUUGCAAUUAAGUUGAUAAUUAUAGAAAUGAACGCAAAUGUGACAAGUCUAUUCCUUAAAUUAAUGAUA